AUCGAAGUCAAAACUGUUUGCUUCAGUAUAUAAAGAAGCCAGACUCAUAUGGUGAUGAUAAGAAGAAAACACAUUGAUGCUAAAAGGAAAGAAUACACGCUAUGGAAGUUGACCAGAAUGAAGAAAUUAAUGGCAACAAGGAUCAUAAGCGUAAAUGGGAAAUGGGAGAGGUUGGAGAAGGAAACGAUAGCUUGAAACUUUCAUUGGCAAGGCAUGUAAAGGAUACAAGUAGUGAUGAAGAAAUUGGACUUGUCUCACUUUCUCUUGGAAUUUCAUCCACAAGCCAACAUGAGAUGAAAAAUAGCAAUAUUAAUAGAAGUGCAAAGAUCAGACAAAUUGAGGGUUUGAAAGAAGGACCUGCAUUAGGAUUAGAUAUCAGAGUUGACCCUUCAGCAGUAAAAAGUCCAAGCACUGAAAGUAGCUGUUAUGGGGAAAGGAAGGAAGAGGAACUUAGAGAGAUAUGGCCACCCAAUAAAGUUCUCAAGACAAUAAUAACUGGGGAUAAAAGUGAAACUUCUCAACAUGCUCUACUCAAGAAGGCUAGGGUUUGUAUUAGAGCCAAAUGUGAUACCCUUACGAUGAAUGAUGGAUGCCAGUGGAGAAAAUAUGGACAGAAAAUGGCGAAAGGAAAUCCGUGUCCCAGAGCAUACUAUCGAUGCACCUUCACUCCAUCUUGUCCAGUGAGAAAACAGGUUCAAAGAUGUGCCGAAGACAUGUCAAUCUUGAUUACUACCUAUGAAGGAACCCACAACCACCCUCUUCCUACUUCAGCCACAGCCAUAGCCCACACAACUUCUGCAGCUGCUUCCAUGCUUCAGUGUCACUCGCAAUUAGGACUAGUCAAUUCAGAUUCAGUCCCCCUCAUCAAUUCUAGUGUUCCUUAUAACCUCAAUGCACUAAACUUCACAACAUCAAGCUAUCAACACUUUUCAAGAUCACAACAAUUAUAUUUCCCCCACUCACCAUACAUUUCAACCUCUAAUUCUCACCCCACCAUCACUUUUGAUCUCACCACUCCUCAAACUUCACCUCAUACACCCUUCUCUUUCAUACCAAAAUAUUCAUCAACACAUCUUAAUUCUUCCUCAAGUACUUUCUCUCCUUUGGAAUCUAAUAUACCACAGUCACCUUAUUUGAGUCCUUAUAGUGGUUACUUCAAUUAUGAGGGAUUGAUCUCACAACAUAAGAAACAACAUGGUUCCAUUAUGAACACUGGAAAACAACCAUUUCAAGAGCAUAUCUGUCAACCUAAUUACAUUAUUAAUCAACAACCUUUACCUGAUUCUAUUGUAGCUGCAACCAAGGCAAUCAAGUCUACCCCAAAAUUUCAAUCUACUUUAGCAACUGCUCUCACAGCGUAUGUUGGUAAUGGGGUAAGAGGAAAUCAUGUUGGGGCCCAGAGUACACUUUUGGACUUAAACCUUGGUGGAGAUACGUUUUACUCAACGAACACAGUUUACACUUCUAAUGCAUCAAGGUACAGGAGAAUAUCAUCUUCUACUCCUAAUGCUCCAAAAGGAAACUCGGUCAUUUUUCAACCAUCACAAGCAUCUGAAAGUUCCUUUGGAUUGUCGUCUAAUAAAGUAAACCAUUCUUAGACCAAUAGAAGUGACAUAAUGUACACAUUACACCAUUAUUCAAUUCUAUCUCAAAUGACAGCUUCACAAAAUUAUAACCGAGAGGCUUUAUAGUUGUUCAAAAGUUGUUUUUGAGCUGAAAGCAAUGACAAGGAUGGUUGUUAUUUGUUUUGCAAAGUUUCAUAAAGAAUGUUGCUGUUGGUAGUA